UGGGUUGAAGCUCGAGACUGAAUUACUGGAUGGAAAAACCAAGCUAAUAUUAUCUCCAUAUGAACAUAAAUCAAAAUUUUCUGUGAAGGUUGAAUUACUGUCAUCACCAGUGUGUUCUUUAAACACAGCUGAACUAUAUCAUCAUCAUCAAGUUUAACACGUGUGGUCAGAGUGCUUUCCUAAUUCUAGCAAAUUCUCUCCUGCAUUUUUCUUUAAUCUUCAGUAAUGAAUAUGAAGUAAAGAUGGUUACCAGCCUAAUUUCUUAUGCUUAUUGGAAGAGAAAUAAAAGAACUAGAAAUGAUUCAGUGUUAUGGGAAAUAAGACCAAGAUUGCAAAAUGUCGAACAAAACAAACUGGACACAUUAUAAAAUCACAAAAUACUUGUAUUGGGAGUGGAAAACUUUUCGAAAAGAAGACAAUUGAUUCGGGAACCUCACAAGCAAGAGGUGAAAAAAAUAGAAUGAUACUUUCACCCACUAAGGAUUUAUGUAAGCACUAUACAGACAAAGACUGUCUUUGUUCCCCAAAAGGGAUUUCAUCUACAACCCCCAAUAUACAGAAGACUAGAAACACCAUAGAUAUAUCUCUAGUAGACAAACAGAAGUCUCACAAGAAGCACAUCACAGUUGAAAACAUGAACAGUGGUUUGAUGUGUCUAACACAAGACCAACUACAACAUAUUUUGAUGACUGUAAACCAAGGAAAUGGAUCUGUUUCCCUGACUGAGAAUGGAAAGGAGGAAGAAACAAGUCAGGAUAGUCUCCAUUUGAACAAUAUUCCCAAUCAGCCAAAGGACAAGAACAUUAUGGGAUUACUCCAAAAAUAUGAGGCUGUUUCAUCUAUUCCAGAUGAAAAUAAAUCUGUCUUAAAUAAAAAUCAGGAGGCACCUAAACAAUAUGAACAGAAAAUUGCCCUAGAGAAUGAAUGGAAACCAGGAGAUAUAUUCAGUACUCUGGGGGAAAGAGAACGUGAUAGAAGUUUGUUAGAAGCAAAAAAAGCCCAGUGGAAGAAAGAACUAGAUGAACAGGUUGCUUUAAAGAAGAAAGAAAAAGAAGCUUCUGAAAAGUGGAGUAAUUCUUGGAAAAAAUCUGAAAGUGAUAAAAUAAUGUGGGAAAAACUUCAAAUUUUAGAUCAAUCUAAGGAAGCAAUGCUGCUGGAGCAUCCUUUUGGUGCUGUGAAACAAGAACAGAGAAAAUGGAUUGAAGAGUUGAAUAAACAAGUAGAAGAUGACCAGCAAAGGAAAACAGAGGAAAAAAUUAUAUUUUCAAAGGGUGAGGAACAUGACAGAUGGGCAAUGCAUUUUGAUUCACUAAAGAGUCAUCCUGGUUCUCGGUCUCAGCUCUCCUCUCGGUCAACACAGAAACAACCAGAGUACUUCUGUGUCUCUCCUGAUACUCAGGAGCUGGCUGAUGUCAGUAGUGUUUAUACACCUACAACUGGAAGCCAGUUCGAAACUUCAGAAGAAGAGCACAUAGCAAAACCUCUUAGGGAUGUGGCUGAGGCAAACAAUCAGAAAACAAACUUCCUUCGUUCUAUGACUGCUCUCUUGGACCCAGCACAGAUUGAGGAACGGGACAGACGGCGACAAAAACAGUUAGAACAUCAGAAAGCAAUCACUGCUCAGGUAGAAGAGAAGCGCAGGAAGAAGCAGCUGGAAGAAGAGCAAAGAAAGAAGGAAGAACAAGAAGAAGAGCGUCGCUUGGCACGGGAACGAGAAGAGAUGCAGAAACAGUAUGAAGAAGACAUACUUAAGCAAAAAAAGAAAGAAGAAAUCAUGACUCUCAAGACCAAUGAGCUAUUCCAAACAAUGCAGAGAGCACAGGAGUUGGCACACAGACAAAAACAAGAACAGAGAAUCCGAGAAUUGGCUCAAAAGGGACAUGACACUUCUAGAUUGAUGAAAAAUCUUGGUGUUGAUGCAAUACAAAUGGACUAUAAURCAUCCAUUACCAUUUCAAAUUCAAAACAUGACUCUGAGGAAGCCAGUGAUAAAAUGAACUCAUGUAUCAAUUCUACAACUUCUCCUAGGAAGGAUACUGGUGUGCAGACAGAUGACUUAACUACAGGCAUAUUCGCCAAUGCAGAAUCAUACUGUGAAUAUGUAAAGGAAAGGGAAAUCACAAAUUGUUCAUCUCCUGAGAUUUCUGUAGAAUUUAAUGGACAAUUUAAGACAGACAAGCAAGAAUUAAGUAAGAAAAAUGCCAACUUAGAAAAAGAAAACAGUUUAUGUAAUGAUCAGUGUAAUGAAUUUAUAAAACCAGAGAAACAAACAAAACACAUGAAGAAGUGUCCUAGAAGGCCUGAAUGGAAUUUAAAUAAGCAGCUCAAAAGGUAUGUUCCAGCAUCAGAAAAGUAUCCCAUACAGCUUCAAAGGCAGAGAGAAGAAAAAAAGGUAAGGAGGCAGAUGGAACUGCUUCAUUUGGUAGAGAGAAAUAAUCCUGAACACCUCUCUCAAAAUAGAGGCACUUCAUCAGAAGUUCAUUCAUCUCAACAAGAAACUGAAUCACAGAGCAGGUGGCAUCUAAUCAAAAAGGAAGAAGAAUCUCUGAAAAUUCAUUCAUUGAACAAGGAAAGGUUUCAGUCAUCACCAAUUCCAGCAGUGAAAAACAGAACUCAACAAACUCAGACUAAUAAUAUAUCACACUUACCACUAAAAUAUAGUAGCUGUGAAACAGAGAAUCUGAUCUCAAGAGGUGGUCAAACAGGAUUGUCUGAAUCAUCCCAUUUUAUUCCUUAUGUUCGAACAAAUGAGAUCUAUUACCUUGAUCCUGAUGCACCAUUGUCUAGGCCUUCAACCCAGGAACCUCAAUACCAAAAUUCUCAGGAUUGUGACCAAGUCUCUGACCACCACAUUAGGGAUCCACUCCUUAAUCCUAACUUGCUGAAAAAUAGGGAUCGACAGCAAGCAAUCCUUAAAGGACUUUCAGAACUGAGACAGGGCCUUCUCCAGAAGCAAAAGGAGUUGGAAACUAAUCUCAUGCCUUUAGCUGCAAAUCAAGAAGAAAAUUUUAGUUCUUCAUUUUAAACAAAUGAUAAAAUGUGCUCACUGUAUUUUUCAAGUACCCUAUGCUUGUACAUUAUGUAGUAAAUGCUGUCUUUUUUUUUUAUUAAAUAA